AUGGAGGAGGACGCGUUGGAUCCCAUUGGGGCUACCUUGGUGCAGUCGAUUUUUGCAGCCGCCGGUGUGGUUUCCGAAUUGGUGUUGCAACGGAUCCACCAGUCUAGUUGUCGGGUUGCCGGGGCAGAGGAAGAGUUUGAUGUCAGGAUACUGCGGACCGAGCGAGAUCUGUUGAAGCCGCUUGAUUUGGAGUUAAAAAAAUGCCGUUCCGAAGAAAAUGGCGAGUUUAUUUAUGUGCUUGUUUCCCUGGACGAGCAGUUGAACGGCAACGCGGACUUUGCUGCCCUUGACCAGACGGGAUAUGCAUUCUAUCACGCUCUUGAUGCGGUGUUUGCCAACGACCGCUGUGAAGGUGCCACAGAGUCGGAGAUUCGACAAAUAAGCAACGCCAGCAAACAAAAUGCUAAUGCUAUUGACUAUUUAUUUGCAAACAAGUGGAUCGAGCGUGACCGCGGGCGGGUGUUUGCGACAGUACGCACUCUGUACAAUCACAAAGCGUACAUUACCAACACUUAUGGCCGUACCGGCACGUUUAAGAUCCAUGAGUGGCACUCUAUGUACAAAUCUGUCAUGCCCGGCUCGAUUGCAUGA